GUAGUAGUUUAGUUUAGUUACAUACAUGAGCAUCAACUCCUCACUAGUAGCAGCUGAGUUCGACCUUUCUUUCUCUCAGGUUCGUUAACUCUUAAGAUGGCUAAGAAGAACGGAACGUCGUGGUUCACGGCCGUAAAGAAGAUUCUCUGGUCACCGACUAAAGAUUCCGACAAGAAGACUCACCGCAAAGAAACUGAUCAUUAUAAUAAGAAAAAAGAAAAGAAAGGAUGGAUUUUUCGAAAAACCAAACUCCCAACCACUAACUCUGUAACCGGCACGAUACCUGCGGCGAAGACAGAAGAGGAGGACAAACCGGCGGUGACUAUCUCCGCCGUGGAUAAAGCGGUCGCCGAGAUCGUUAAGCUAACGGCAACUCCAGAUUUUAUAAGACGUCAUUGGGCUGCCAUUAUUAUUCAGACAGCUUUCAGAGGUUACCUCGCGAAGAAGGCUUUACGAGCAUUGAGAGGGAUAGUGAAGUUACAAGCAUUAGUGAGAGGUAAUAAUGUUAGGAACCAAGCUAAACUCACUUUAAGAUGCAUCAAGGCUUUGGUUCGAGUUCAAGAUCAAGUGCUUAAUGAUCAUCAUCAACAACAACAACAACAACAACGUUCAAGAGUCUUAUCAUCAUCACCAACAACGAAUUGUUAUAACAUUGAAGCAAGACGUAACUCAAUGUUCGCUGAAUCUAACGGUUUUGGGGAAAGGAAACCAUAUCUUCAAGACAUCCGUAGCCGUAGAUCUUUGUCGAGGGACAUGAGUAGAUGCACCAAUGAAUUUAACUCCGAAGAAACCGAAUCGAUUUUGCAGAGGAGAUUAGAGAUUGCUAUUAUGCGAGAGAAAGCUCAAGCACUUGCUCUCUCCAAUCAGAUUCGGAGUCGGUCUUACCGGAAUCAAUCAGUCGGCGACGAUAGGGAGCUACUAGAGAGAACAAAAUGGCUUGAUCAAUGGAUGGCUACUAAACAAUGGGACGAUUCAAUCACAAAAGAUCCGAUCAAGAAUCUUGACAGAUCAUAUCCAGCGACUCCACCGUCGUGCAGAGCCACGAGAACCUUCGGGGUGAGAUCAGCUAGUCCGAGAAUACCGUGUUCUUCUUCGCCUUCUUCGAUGGUUCAGCCUAAUUACAUGACGGCGACGGAGUCGGCGAAGGCUAAGGCUCGGACUCAGAGCACGCCACGGCGGAGACCAGUUGGAACGGUGAAGAAGCGGUUGUGUUAUGCGGAGGAAGACAGUUUGAGGAGUCCGAGUUUCAAGAGUGCUUAUAAUGGUUGUCUUUGGGGAGAUCAUGAAUCUGAUUACUCUUGUUGUUACGGUGAUGGGUUCGCCGGAAAAAUCUCGCCUUGUUCUACGACUGAUCUCCGGUGGUUAAAGUGAAAGACUUUUGUUUUGUUUUUGUUUUUGAUUUUUAGUGUGUGUUUUGAAAUAUUCACAAUCAUGGGAUAUGUUUAGUUUCUUGA